CCGGUCCUGUUCCGUUAAGACAAAUAAGUAUUAAAAGAUCAACUGUUACAAAAGUGUAAUGGCUAUGUAUAUUGUCUUUGUUUAUACAAUGCCCUUAUGAUAAUAUAUAAAGAAAAAAGAGAAAAAAAGUGUAGUUUUUGAUAAAUCGGUAAAUCUAAAUAGAGACAUACCAUUUCUUUAGAUAAUAUAAACAAGAUUUUCAAAAUGAUUGCUUUUGUUAGUUUGUGCGAACAUUCAUUAACUAUAUUGUGUUACACAAAUAAAUAAGAAAUAUAUAUACUUAAUUCGGUUGUUGGCUAUUCAAAUUUCAGGAAAUGUACAAGUAACGAAUAGUAAUCAUAUAAUAACAUAUUUGUGUGUCGAAAACGGAGCAAUAUUUUAUUGUGCUCGCGCACGAGAGUCCGCUUUCUCAUUCUUCCAUAAGUUUGCUUGCAUCAAGAUCUGAUUUUCCUUGUAAUUCAGAACAUAAUUCCUAUUUCUGUCUUACUGUUGGUGCCAAAUAAAGCAUAAUGGAUGCUUUCGACUUUAAUGGCGGGAAUGGCCAAAUAACGCGCGGAGAUUCUAACCUCGAAAAUGUUAUAGUAUCGGAAACGUCGGAGAAGCAAUGUUUGGAACAAGAGAAACUCAUUAACGAAGAAAUAAAUGGUGAUUUUAAACUAUUACAAAUAAAGAAAAAUAUUUCUCCUUCAACAAAAAGGAAAUUACGGAAAUUCAAAACUAAUCCUAGCAGUACAGAGGAUUCUUACAAACCAUUACUGGUAUCACUAUCUCCAAAAUUAAAUAAAAAAAAGACCUCUGAUACUGAUGAUGUUAGUUCAGAUGAAACUGAAGAUUUCAAUGGCUUUGAUCUUAAAGAUCCAGAAAUUUUUGAAUCUGGCAGCAUUAUUCUCAAGAAACUCAUUGCUGAAGAAGAACUAAUAAAUAAUUCAUCAAAACGUCGGAAAAUUGCAAUGCAGCCAUGGAAAAAUAUAAAAAAUUCUGAUAGUUUGAUUGAGGAAACUGAUGAAAAUACUACAGAUUCUGAAGAUCAGAAAAAUAUCGUUGAAUCGGAUAUUUGUAGCAUAACUGCGGAUGAAUCUUCAUUAAAAUCAGAAAAAUCUGUAAAUAGCAAUGUCUCUAUAAAUUCCAAUAAAUCAAGAAAAAGUCGAUCUUCUCGAGGAGUAAGUCCUGGAAAUACCGCACGUCAAAAGGUUUCUGUAGAUAUAAAAAAUCCUGUGUAUAGAGAACCAUUUAACUAUGGAUGGAAACGAGAAUUAGUAUACAGGGCUGGAACAUCAGAAAAUCAAACGAGACGAAUGGCUGAUAUUUAUUACUAUACACCUGAGGGUAAAAAAGUUAGAAGUUAUCGAGAAGUUAUUGAAUUUUUAACAACAAGUAAAUUAACAAUUGAUAAUUUUACCUUUUUCAAAGAACCUCUUGGUGUUAAUGACCCUAAUAAAGAAAUUAUUCGAGAUGCUAAAAAAUCAAGAGAUUCCUUUGGUAAUAAAUCCAUGAUAAAGCUCGGUAAAAAAUCUGUGGAAACAUUACCGAUAAAAAGGAUUUCACCAAAAAAAGUAGAUAAAUUAUCAUCGCCAGUAUCAAUUAAGACAUCUCCAAAAGUUAUAAAAACGUCUGCAUCCUUUAAAGUAAAAUUACCAACUAAGAAAAAUUCAUUUAAAAAAGAUAUAAAAUCACCACCUACUACUAUAGAACAUGAGAUUACUUCUCCGCUUAAAUGGAGUCUACCAACUUCUAAAAGAAGUCAGCAGACAUUGGAAAAGAGUCCUCCAAUGAAAACUAAAAGACUAACCAAGACAAAAGUUCAAGAACCAUGUAGUAUUAGGUGCUCAACAAGUAUGGGAUUGAUACCCAGUUUACAAUGCAGUGUCUGUCUAUGCUUAUAUCAUCCUGAAUGCACUGAGAAUAAUGAAGUAGUAAGGAAUAACGAAUUUAUUUGCAAGAAUUGUCAAUUAGAAACAAACGAUUCUCUGAAAAAUCAAUCAAACUUAGUUCUCACUCCACCACCGCUGAUACCCAUCAGUGUAUUAAGUACUCCAAAUAGUAAAUCAAUACAUCAAACAGGACUACUUCCAAAAUUGCAACGUAUUCCAAAAUUAGAUAGUUCAUACCCAUUACAGUCAGUUGUAUCUAAAACUCCUAAAUCUAUGAAAACUCAUAUUUUGUCCAAAGUAAGCGAAAAAAAAGAAGGUUCUUGGUGUGUUCAAACUGAAAAUGAAUUUCUACAUAAACGUGAAGUUACCCCUUUUAAACCAGCUCAAAAUAUUGCUUUAAUGGGUGGGAAAAGAUAUAUUGUAGUACCAAAAAAUAAUACAAUGGCAGUUCAGCCGACAAUAACUUUAAGGCAAGAUAAUAAAAUUGGCGAUAAGCCACCACUCAUUCAAGAUGGUUACGAGACAUCUAGUAUGUCUACAGCUAUUGAAAUGCUAAAUCUUCCUUUAAAUACUAAAAUUGAUAUAGAAAAUAUGUAUAGAAAUAAUACUAACGAUAUCAGUUAUUUACAAGUAGCCACAAGAAAAUCUGUAGAAAUAGAUCUGGAAAAAUCUAUUUGCCGAAAUUCUAUAACAAAAUUGCAUAAACUCUUUCCAUCAACUAAUAGUAUAUUGUCUAUAUCAAAUACAAAUAUAAGUGAAACAAAUACUGAGCUUUGUACACUAUUAGAAAACAGUUUUGUAACUGUUUCACCGCCAGAUAAAAAAUGUACCUCUUCUCGACAGAACAAUCCAAUAAAAUUACUUAUACCUGCUGAAAAUAAAAGGAAAAAACAAUUGCAACCAGAAACUGAUCAACGCCAAUAUUUUAUGGUGUCUGUUUGUGCUGGAUAUGAUGCUCUUUCCCGUAUUUUUCAAUAUCUUAAAGUUCAAGAGUUACUUCGUGCUGCUAGAGUUUGUCGUAUGUGGAGAGAUCUUGCUGCUCAUCCAUCAUUAUGGAAAACAGUACGUAUGAAGAAUAGCCAAGUUACAGAUUGGACUGGAUUAGCAGAAACUCUGAAAAAUCGGGGUACUGAACACUUAGAUUUAAGAAAAAUGUUGAUUGUUGGUGAAGCUGAUAUAAUAUGGAAACAAUUUAUUACUAUAAUACCAAGAGUUACAAGCCUUCUUAAACUGGAAUUAUGUAGAUGUCCUGCAGUGGUUGUAGAAGAAGUUAUGAGAAAUUGUCCACAAUUAGAAGUUUUGAGUGCUAUGUCGAUAAAAUGUGAUUCUCUUAAUUUGGAAGCCAUGAACAAUUUAAGUCAUUGUAGUGAAUUAAGAUUAAAAGCUAUAAGUGGGAUGGCAUUACAAGGAGAUUUGACACCUUUAUUGAAUCUGUCAAAAAUAACUCAUUUGAGUUUAACAUCGGUAAAAGAUUUAGGUAAAAAAAAAAUUGAAAUUUUGCAAUCCUUACGAGAUCUAGAAACGUUGGAGCUGGGGGAGUGUUCGGAUUUUCCCGAUAAAUUUGGUACUGGUGUAUUAAUUAAAUUACAAAAUUUAGAACGACUACGUCUAGAAAAAGGUCAAGGUUCUUGUUGCACUUUUGAUAUUCUUGAAGGAAUUUCUAAAUUAGAAAACUUGACUCAAUUAGAAUUAGUUAAUUUUGACGUGAAAAAUGGUUUUGACAAAUGCUUGGCAAAUUGCAAGAAAAUAAAAAGAUUAUUAAUUAUUCCAACGUAUGUAUCUCAAUCAGCAACAUCUAACAAUAUGAUCUUGGGCGGUGUAACAGAAUUAUCGAAUAAUUUGACACAUUUUGUGUGGGGUGUUACACAAGAGUUAUUACGAGUAACAGAAUUAUUCGUAGAUCAAUGUAAUCAAAUGAACAAGCAAAUUACUGGAGAUUCUAUUCCAGUGUUAAAACCAGUUCCUUGUUUAAAAUUGAUAGAAGAUAUUGUGGGAGAAAAAGAUAAUCAAAAAGAUGAUAAACAACAACCAAAUAUAAGUAAUCCACAAGUCGAAAUAUUACCAUUACCUCAUCUACAAAAACUACUUUUAACUGCGUUACCAAAGACGCGUGUAAAGAUUUUAAAAAUUCCGUUUCAUGCUACAUGGAGACAAAGUAUUUCCGAUAGCACAUCUCAAUAAUAUUUAUAAACAUUAUAUAAGAAUUUUUAUACAACUACAAGAUAAUAAAUUUGCAU